UUACGCCAUGGCGGCCGUGCCACUACAAAGCUUCUUCACGGCAAAUAUCGCAACUCGUCUCUCAACAACUAUUUAAAGAGAAGAAGGCUUCCAAGCAGAGAAAAUGGGGAAAAGGGAUAAAGGGGAUCGAGAGAAAAAGUCCAAAAAGCGUUUCUAUGAAGAGGAUGACGAUGAGGAAGAGGUGGUGGGGGGCAAGGCCCAGGAGGCCAUACCAGCAGCUGCGGGGAAACAAGUGGAUGAAUCCACCACCAAGAUGGAUGAAUAUGGAGCCAAAGACUACCGUAGUCAGAUGCUUCUCAAGAAUGAUCACUCCUCACGGCCCCUAUGGGUGGCUCCUGAUGGGCACAUCUUUCUUGAAGCCUUUUCACCAGUGUACAAGUAUGCACAGGAUUUCUUGGUGGCCAUCGCAGAGCCGGUGUGCAGGCCCAACCACGUCCACGAGUACAAACUAACGGCUUAUUCACUGUAUGCAGCUGUGAGUGUGGGGCUGCAAACCUCUGACAUAGUGGAGUAUCUGCAGAAACUCAGCAAGACCUCCGUGCCUGAUGGAAUUGUGCAGUUUAUUAAGCUGUGCACUGUCAGCUACGGCAAAGUCAAGCUGGUGCUCAAGCAUAAUAGGUAUUUUGUUGAGAGCACAUUCCCUGAUGUGAUUCAACGUCUCCUGCAGGAUGAAAGGAUCCGAAAAUGUCGCCUCUCUGCUCCCGAUGGCACAGACGGCGAGUUAAUUACUGAGGUCAUCCACAGCAAGUCAGCGAUCUCCAAGUCCGUUGAGGACAAAGGAGGUCCUUCCACCUCACAGCAGUCCGCUGAUGGUCAAACUUCGGUCCAGCAGGUCCCUGAGGACAUCUUCAGUUACUAUGAGCAAAUGGAUAAGGAGGAAGAGGAGGAGGAAGAGACUCAGGCCGUAUCUUUUGAGAUUCAACAGGAUAUGAUCGAGGUGCUACAAAAGCGCUGCAUUGAGCUGGAGUACCCACUUCUUGCGGAGUAUGACUUUCGGAAUGAUACGGUCAACCCGGACAUCAACAUCGACCUGAAGCCGACUGCUGUACUACGACCCUAUCAGGAAAAAAGUCUGCGUAAGAUGUUUGGCAAUGGACGUGCUCGCUCCGGAGUCAUUGUGCUGCCCUGUGGAGCGGGUAAGUCUCUAGUGGGCGUAACAGCAGCGUGCACAGUCCGCAAACGUUGCCUGGUAUUGGGUAACUCCUCUGUGUCGGUGGAACAGUGGAAGUCCCAAUUCAAGAUGUGGUCCACUAUCGACGAUUCUCAAAUCUGCCGCUUCACUUCCGAUGCCAAGGACAAGCCCAUCGGUUGCUCAGUGGCCAUCAGCACCUACUCCAUGUUGGGCCACACCACCAAGCGCUCGUGGGAAGCUGAGAGGGUCAUGGAGUGGAUGAAAAGCCAGGAAUGGGGCCUCAUUAUCCUUGAUGAAGUACACACUAUUCCUGCCAAAAUGUUUCGAAGUGUACUGACCAUCGUGCAGGCACACUGCAAACUAGGCCUCACUGCUACUCUAGUGAGGGAGGAUGACAAGAUUGUGGACCUCAACUUCUUAAUUGGGCCAAAGCUUUACGAAGCCAACUGGAUGGAGUUGCAGAGCAAUGGCUAUAUAGCCAAAGUCCAGUGCGCAGAGGUGUGGUGCCCGAUGUCUCCAGAGUUUUACAGAGAGUACGUGGCCAUCAAAACAAAGAAGCGCAUCUUGCUUUAUACCAUGAAUCCCAAUAAAUUCCGGGCUUGCCAAUUUCUCAUUCGGUUCCAUGAGCGGCGUAAUGACAAGAUCAUUGUCUUUGCUGAUAAUGUCUUUGCCUUGAAAGAAUACGCAAUUCGUCUUAACAAGCCCUACAUCUAUGGGCCAACCUCCCAAGGGGAACGCAUGCAGAUCUUGCAGAACUUCAAACACAACCCAAAGAUCAACACAAUUUUCAUUUCCAAGGUUGGAGACACCUCAUUUGACUUGCCAGAAGCCAAUGUUUUAAUCCAAAUCUCCUCUCAUGGUGGCUCACGGAGGCAGGAAGCCCAGAGACUUGGUCGAGUUUUAAGAGCCAAAAAAGGAAUGGUCGCAGAGGAAUACAACGCAUUCUUUUAUUCGCUAGUGUCUCAAGACACCCAGGAGAUGGCGUACUCCACCAAGAGGCAGAGGUUUCUCGUGGACCAGGGCUACAGCUUCAAGGUGAUCACACAGUUGGCAGGAAUGGAGGAAGAGGAUUUGAUGUUCUCCACCAGAGAGGAGCAACAACAGCUCCUUCAGAAGGUUCUGGCUGCAUCUGAUCUUGAUGCUGAGGAGGAAACUGUGGAGGUGGGGACAAGGCCACAGUUUUCGCGGCGAACAGGGACCAUGAGCUCCAUGUCUGGUGCUGACGACACAGUCUAUAUGGAAUAUCAGGGCAAAAGCAAGGCACCAUCUCUGGGCAAAGGAAUACAUCCGCUCUUCAAACGCUUCAGGAAGUAGACGGCCUUAUAAAAAUUCAAACUUUACAAUUACCCACUGCAAAGGGGCGUGAAGAGGCCACAAUGGUUAGCGCGUCCGGCUCACAGUUCCGAGGACAGGAGUUCAAAUCUUGGCUUCGUAUGUGGAGUGUGUAUAUUCUCCCCGUGCUUGCGUGGAUUUGCUUCAGUGUUUCCAGAACAUGCACGCGGUUUCAAUGAAAUCUACUACGACUUCUUUUAGUAGCAACAUGUAACCACUCAAGGGAGAAUUAAUUUUUUUUUAAAGCAGAUUACAUUACUGUUCCUUGAAGGUCAAAAGGAGACAAAAUAAAUGUAGACAAAAACCUUGUUCUGUUAAUUGAAAUUAUCUGCACCUCAUUUUGUUUAUGUAUAUAUAUAUAUAUAUAUAUAUAUAUAUAUAUAUAAAAAUACAUUGAGUCAAAUUUAUUAUUUCAAUCAGCUUUAUUUGAUCAUCCAAACUACGCAUUUAUAAAAAUCCCACAAUUUUAGAUGGUAAACGUAAAAAAUAAAACACAAUUACGAGUGAAUGCGGAAAAUUGAGCCAGUCGUCAACUAGUCUUCAUAUCUUCAUGCUAUUUCAUUUAGACUGAAUAUGAAAAUCCAUUUCUUUCUUUAACAUGUUGACAAACCUAAACUCGGAAAUGUACGUGCACAGUGUAUUAGUAAACAUUUUUGGGAGAAUGUAGCUACAGCACAUCCUAGGGCAGUUUAUUUCUGCUGGGAAACUGAAGUUAAUACCAGUGUUUAACAAACACUGGAGAGAAGAUGUGCCGAAGAAGAGUACACUUGUGAACUUGCAUGCAGUCAGUAUUCCACAUCAUUCUGACCACCAUAUCAUAUUUGUAGAAAUACACAAUUUGUUAAUAAAUACUAACUGGCAGUGUCAUUUUGGUUUUAUCCCGAUAUAGCACGACUGUGCACACUUGUGUAUUAAUGGGGAACCUCAGAAUGUACUAAAAGCUACAAUUUCUCAAAAAGAACAGAGGAAAAAAUGUACAACCUAAUCACAACCUGGGAAUCCUCCUUAAGUGCAGUGGUGUAGUGUUUAGUGGUUGCAGGGUUCUUCAAUCUUGGAUGUUUUUUGAGGCCUUCCCCAUUAACCUGUGAGGGCCCCAAGCCAUUCUCACCUUUCCUUUCAGGACCACUGAGUGUGUUUCUUAUAGGCCCAUUUUGGCAUCUCAAGGAGAGGUGAGCUCGGGAAUGAGGCCUUUUAAGGCCAUGGGAUCACGCCUUGAUGCAAAAAGAACAUGACACUGGGUGCCAUGGAGAUGAUGCGUUUAUGGCAGGAAGUUGGCAUGAGAGAUUUUUGUAUCUGUUCGUAGCCAUAAAGCACAAUUUGUGUGCGCUGAGGGGCACCGCGUUAAGAGUUUUAGGAACUUCCCGGACCAGCUGUCUCCUCAUUGGCUGUCAUCUUUUGACGACGAGGACUUUGUUUUCGCACCGUCGUCUUCACCUUCAUCAGCUGAACGACAGGGAAGCAAAUUGACAAGUCAGAGUCAUGCUUGGCUUGCAGAGUGAGCCAUGUGCUGUUUUAUUCUGAAGGUCGUUAUUUCCUGUGCCCUACUCAAUUUUGCAUUCAUCGAUUCCAAUAAUGAUCAAUUCCACACCCUUGAUAAAAUUCUUAAUCUGUUAUAAUCCUUUUACCCAUAUCUACUUUUGACAAUUUUAGUCAAAGUUUUUCUUGGGAUCGUUCUGCUGGUGUUGCUUUUAAACUUUUAUUCAUGCCCCGCUUUCUAGAUUUGUAUGUUGAAGAACUUGAUUUAUAACGCAACUACUUUAUUACAUUUGUGUGCAAGUCCUUGUGUGGACUUUGUCCUGGUCCAUAGUCUCAUAUAGUUUACCUGAAAUAUUUCCGUUAAAGACUGUUACUUGGAUUGUUUUUCCUCUGUUUUCACAGAUUUAACAUUUUUGUUGGAUACUUAACCCACUGGACUGUCUAAUGGUUAGAAUCAUACAAUCUAAUGAGAGUCAAAACAUGACCUGUCCCAAGUUUUUUAAGAUCUCAAACCUCCGAAGUCAGGGGCCUCUCAAGUCGUAUUCUGACAUCUAUUAACUCCACAAGUGUGUUUUGUCUUUUUGUGACUUCUAGCUCAUUGUAGCAGUGAUAGCACAAAGGAAAUGAGGAAUGAAAAUCAUGGAACAGAAAACGGAACUGCAAGAAUACUGUACACACAUCUGUCCUGGCUGCUCGUGAAAUAUAGCAUACGUUUGUCACCUAAACUAUUUUAAAGGCUUGAAAAUCUACGAUUGAUGCAAUAUAAAAAGGAUGAGGUGACUGCUGUCUUAUAGGCAAAAAGGAAUCUGCCUUUGCGGCUGACGGGCUUUCUUCUACACCGAAGCAUUAAAAGUUAUACAUUUUUAGCAAAAUAAAUUCAAUCAGUGGUAUGUAACUUACUUUUUCUCAUUAUUGUCUCCAGAUGAUUUCUUCCUGUUUAAGACUUUCACUCUUAAGGGGAUAAUGCCAUGAGGCGACCGCAAUGAAGAACAGUUGCAAUUACAUGACUUUGUGUCCACUGCAGUAAUGAGAUUUGCCCUCAAGCUAUUUUCCACCCUUUUAAACAGCUUGAUUUUUUUUUUUUUAAGUUUUAAUAACAAACCUGCAUUGAAGAUUGACUAAUUGUAUUCAUAUGCGAAAGAAUCUGAAGUGACCAAAUUUGUAUGUCAAUUUCUGCUCCCGUUAUUGUGAUGUGUGUGUUAAACUGCCCUGCAUCAUACUCAUAUAUGUAACUUUUUUUUUAAAAUCAACUAACAUCUCUUAAAAUAAAAGGAAAUGAAAACAACACACAUAAUAAAAACCUACUACAGUAAUACCUUACUGGCAGUGGCAAUGAAAACUGCAUUAUCAUACUGUAAUUGAAAAGGCAGUUCUGAAUUUUGUGGCCGGGCAGCAU